GAGCGAGGGUUGAACAUUGGUCUAUCAUAAUUAUGGCGUUUCUGUUAAUAAUUUUCAUUCCAGCAAUUUUACUGAUCCUUUACCGAAAAUUUCGUCUACUGAAGCCUGACCCUGAACUCGUCAAGUCUUUUCUGCGAGGAGACCUAUCGGACAAAUCACCAGGGUUAAUCGCGCACAGAGGAGGAUCGGCAGAAGCUCCUGAAAAUACCUUGGCUGCUUUUCGAUUGGCGAAAGAAAAUGGAGCUAUUGGUGUGGAGUUUGACGUUGAUUUCACGAAAGACAGUAGGGCUGUUGUUAUUCAUGAUGCUACCGUUGAUAGGACUACGAAUGGAAGUGGUCCCGUCAGUAGUUUUACUCUGGAAGAAAUUAGAAAAUUGGAUGCAUCGGUGAAACAUCCACUGAGAGAAAAAUUCCCAGGGGAAAAAGUGCCUACCCUGGAAGAAGUUGUGGAACUUUGUUCAAGUCUUGGUUUAAAGAUGAUAAUUGAGAUAAAAAAAGGCACUGAAACACUUGAGACAGCUCAAUAUCUGAAGAAUCUAUUCUCAAGCUAUCACCUGUAUGAUAAGGCCCUUGUGUGCUGUUAUUUUCCCAGUGUUAUUUAUCAGGUACGAAAGGUGGAUCCACAAAUUGUGACAGCUCUAGUAUGGUGGAGGGAUACUCUGAGUUUUAUUUUGACAGGAGGGAAGGAACUAUUUGAGAUCAAGAGUUCCAUUAAAGUAUCGGUGUUGAGUUUCUUUGAUAGACUGUGGGAAUCACUCUUGCCUUGGUUUCUUGAUUUUGUUGGCGUUCCCAUUCUGUCUUGUGCCAAGGAGCAUGUGUGCAAGGACAUGUUGGAAAUGUGGAGUGAGCAGGGCAUUCAAGUGGUUGCUUGGACUGUCAAUCACAAGGAAGCAAAGGAAUUCUUUAGAGACUGUCUCGAUUGCCCCAUUAUAACUGAUUGUGUUCUGAGCGAGUCUGUCUGGAAUGAACAGAUGUGAAUUGCAGGCAAAUUCACAACUGUUCAGCCAGUAAAUUGCCAAACUUUAUUUCUACGAGGUCUUAUUUUUGAUGAAAAUUUUUUAUCCAUUUGUUGAGGAAUUUCUUUAGAUAGGGAACAAAAGCUUUGAGAUUGCACACAAAGGGAUAACAUUUGAAUAAGGAUAAAUGAAAAGAUUUCUAUUUAUUCUUGUAAAAUGUAAAUUCAAUAAUCAAAUUUACUUCAGUCUGUGACAUUUGUCAAUGAGAUCAAUUCACUUCAGUGUCUGAAGUGCAAAAUCGAAUGUUUUCUUUUCAAAUGGCAUUUUUCAAUUAUAAGGUAACAAAUUACUUCCAAUUACACCCUCAGUGUUUUAUGUUAACACAACUUAAUUUAUGUAUACACAGCUGUGUGCAUUGAUGUUCAAAUAUAUUUCCACAUAGAUGGAAUAGUAUAUUGCACUGUGGAUGAUCAGUUCUUCAGUUGUUUAAACAUAACUUAACUUAUUUAUACAGAGCAGUAUGCACUGAAAUUAAAAUAUUUGUCUUCUCUGUUUGA